CAUGUUUAGCCCUUGGCUGAAUCACAGUGACCAGUGCCUUCCUCUCCCAGAGGAGCGACUGGAGCAGCAGCAGGGCUCUGGAGAAAGUUGGAGUGCAGCAGCAGUAGCAGCAGCAGCAGCAGCAAGAGAAGCAGAACACUUCCCCAGGGAAUAAGGUUCUUUCAUCCCGUUAACCAUUACCCCACUGCUUCGCAGGCAGCGUCUUCAAGGAGGCGGGACUUGGGAGGGGGUAGAUGGGAGGGUCAGCGCAUGCCGAUGGACCUUGUCCCUGCUCUGAGCACUUAGGUGACUGGUCCAAACAUGAAGGCAGCUGCAGAUCUUCAGGAUCCAGCAACCCUGAAGUUUCAGUUUAAUCCAAAGUUGGGCAUCGAUAAUCCUGUCCUCUCCCUGGCUGAAGACCACGAUCCCUCUGAUCCCUGGAGCCUGGAACGGCCCCGCUUCUGCCUGCUGAGCAGAGAGGAGGGCGGGAGUUUUGGUUUCCACCUGCAGCAGGAGCCUGACAAAUCUGGGCAUGUGGUGCGCAGGGUGGAUCCAGGCAGCUCUGCCCAGCACCAGGGUCUCCGGGAGGGGGACCAGAUUCUGGCAGUGAAUGACAAUGUCGUAGAACAUGAAGAGUAUGCGAAGGUGGUGCGCUACAUCCGGGCCAGUGGCCCUCGGGUGCUGCUUACAGUUGUAGCAAGACACGUGUAUGACGUAGCCCGAGCACUGCAUGGAGACGAUGCCCACCUCUGUCCUGCCCUUGGCCCUGGGAUUCGGCCGCGGCUGUGCCACAUAGUGAAAGAUGAGGGUGGCUUUGGUUUCAGUGUCACCCAUGGCCAUCGUGGCUCUUUCUGGCUUGUGUUGUGUGCUGGAGGAGCAGCUGAGCGUGCAGGGGUGCCUCCUGGGGCCAGGCUGCUGGAAGUAAAUGGGGUCAGUGUAGAGAGGUUCACCUACAACCAACUUGGCAAGAAGCUUUGGCAGAGUGGAGAGCAGGUGACCCUGCUAGUGGCAGGGCCAGAAGUGGAGGAGAAGUGUUGCCAGCUAAGAAUGCCCCUGGCUGCACCCCUGGCAGAGGGCUGGGCACUGCCUGCCAGGCCUCGCUGUCUGCACCUCGAGAAAGGGCCCCAGGGCUUCGGAUUCCUGCUCCGGGAGGAACGGGACUUCAACGGUCACCUUGGGCACUUCCUGUGGGAGGUGGAUCCAGGCCUGCCAGCUGAGAAGGCUGGGAUGCGAGCUGGGGACCGGCUGGUGGCUGUGGCCGGGGAAAGUGUGGAGGGGCUGUGCCAUGAGGAGACGGUGUCCAGAAUUCGGGCACAGGGGACUUGUGUCUCUCUUGUCGUUGUUGACCGUGAAGCUGAUUCUUUCUUCAGAAUGGUGCGCCUCUCCCCACUCCUCUUCUUGGAGAGCACAGGAGCUAUCACCUCACCCCCAAAUGCCCAUGUGGCUGUGCCAAUCGAGUCCUUGAAAGCACAACUGGAAGAUGCAGCUGAGCCUCGGCUCCCUCUGGGCUCCUGCCAAUGCUCCCUGUAUCCUGGGCCUGGAGGUGGUUAUGGCUUCCGACUAUGCUUAGUGGCCAGUGGGCCUUUUCUCAUCAUCUCCCAGGUGACUCCAGGAGGCUCAGCAGCCCGCGCAGGGCUGCAAAGGGGAGACCUGGUUCUGGAAGUGAAUGGGGAAUCUGUGGGCGGAGAUGGCGCUCAGGAAAGGCUUCAGCAGCUGGCGGAGGCCAAGCCACCUCUCUGCCUGAAGCUGUGGAGGGGCUUGGAGGCCUGGGUUCCCCCAGGGUCUGCAGAGGACUGCGCUCCCUCCUCAGAUCAGCUAUAGAGUGCCCCAGCUUGAUGAGAUCUACCAAGGCCUCUGCUGCCUUCAUGCUUGGCCCAAGGUGGUGGCAGGGAUGCUGUCACUCAGCCGGAAGCUGGGGCUGGAAGACUUGGACGUCGCUCAUCAUAGUGGUCCUGGGAGUCCCCUUGUUUCCCAUGGGCCCAGCUCCCAGCAGCGGGUGUGGGUUAGAGACCCAGGGGCCCCAAGAAGGAGCCUCCAGCUCCAGAGGCUCUUAUGUCAGCUAUAGUUGGCUGUACCCCAGGAAUAAAUGUUUUCCCAGGGGGCACUGUGGGGCAGGCUAGAAGGGAAGCCAUCUGGAACUUGACCCUACAUAGGACUCCAGGAUCCCAGGGUCCAAGAAUUUGGAACUCUAGCAGCCCUUUCCUCUGUGGGCCAUCUUGGGACUGUGCAGGGCUGGUCCCUGGGCCUGGUUGUGUCUGUGAUUGAAAUGGCCU